AUGCAGCAAGGUGAUCAGACGGUGUUGAGCUUGAGGCCUGGUGGUGGUCGUGGAAGCAGCAGACUCUUCAACCAGUCUUCUUCUUCCCCUGCUGGCUCUCUGAUUCCUGGCAGCAACAGCAAUUCCAACGCUGCUGGUAUCGCCUUCGGCGGCGCUUCUGCCCUAAAGGUUCAAUCUUUGGCCUUACCCAUGUUUGGAUCUGGAGCCCCUUUUGCCGCUGGUGACUCACGCUUCGAGGCCCGUGAGAGGGUGAAGUAUACCAGGGACCAGCUACUGCAGCUUAGAGAGGCUGUUGUUUCAAUCCCGGAUGAGCUUCUGAAAAUCAAACGGGAAAUUGAAACUGAGCUUUUCGGUGAAGAUCAAAGCUGGACUCGUGCAGCAGAAAGUAAUCCCCCACCAACUCAGCAACCUCAGGCUCGUUAUUCUGAGCCAGACAAUCGUGACUGGCGAACCCGUACCACCACCCAAAUUCCUGGUCCGACUCCUGUGGAAGAGAGGUCCUGGGACUCGAUUAAAGAUAGGGACUUUGUACCUCGGAAUGACUCCAGGCAGCUCGAUGGAAACCAAUUCAAUCGUCAAGAUCAGCCCAAUUCCCAAUUUGUCCGCCCAAAUCAAUCGGGUGGUCCUCCUCCCGCCUUAGUCAAGGCCGAGGUGCCAUGGUCAGCUAGGCGAGGCACCCUUUCUGAUAAAGAUCGCGUUUUGAAGACCGUUAAAGGUAUUCUCAACAAACUUACCCCAGAAAAGUUUGACCUUCUCAAAGGCCAGCUCAUCGACUCAGGCAUCACAUCAGCCGAUAUCCUAAAGGGGGUGAUCUCUCUCAUAUUCGAAAAAGCUGUGCUGGAGCCGACAUUCUGCCCCAUGUACGCCCAACUUUGCUUCGAUCUCAAUGAGAAGCUCCCUCCAUUUCCCUCUGAUGAGCCCGGUGGCAAAGAAAUAACCUUCAAGAGAGUCCUCUUGAACAACUGCCAAGAGGCAUUUGAGGGUGCUGAUAAGCUGAGGCAAGAACUGAGGGAAAUGACAGCUCCUGAUCAAGAGCUCGAGCGCAAGGAUAAGGAGAGAAUGGUCAAACUUCGUACUCUUGGAAAUAUUCGCUUGAUCGGUGAGCUCUUAAAGCAGAAGAUGGUCCCUGAAAAGAUUGUUCAUCACAUUGUUCAGGAGCUUCUUGGUCCUGACAACAAGGUCUGUCCCGAAGAAGAAAAUGUCGAAGCGAUCUGCCAGUUCUUCAUCACGAUUGGGAAGCAGCUCGACGAGAGCCCCAAAUCGCGGCGGAUUAACGAUGUGUACAUGAACCGUUUGAAAGAGCUAUCUUCGAAUUCUCAGUUGGCUGCUCGUCUGAGGUUCAUGGUUAGGGAUGUUCUUGAUCUCAGAUCCAACAACUGGGUUCCCAGGCGUGAGGAGGUGAAAGCGAAAACCAUUACUGAGAUCCAUUCGGAGGCUGAGAAGAAUCUGGGGUUGCGGCCAGGCAGCAUGAGAAACAUUAGCCGUGCAGGCGGAGCCGGAGGUGGAGGCAUCAUCUCUGCUGGGCCCGGCCCUGGCGGCCCUGGUGGUUUCCCCAUGAACCGACCGGGGACAGGUGGCAUGAUGCCUGGAAUGCCUGGAGCAAGGAGAAUGCCUGGUAUGCCUGGCAUGGACGCCAAUAACUGGGAGAUGCCGAGAACCCGAUCGAUGCCAAGGGGCGAACCCCCGAAUGCUCAGCCUCGUACUGUUCAACCACCCCAGAUGUUCAAUAAGUCGACUUCGAUGAACACCAGAUUCUUGCCUCAAGGCAGCGGCGGAUUCAUCAGUGGCAAGAGCAGCGCCCUCCUGCAAGGACUCGGGGGGCCUGCUCCUGUCUCCGAGAAGCCUGCAUUCAUUGAGAAGCCAGUAGUCACUCCUGCUCCUGUCCCAUCCGUCACUCCUACUCCUGUACCAUCAUCAGCUGGAAAAAUUACGAUGAAUGUCGAAGAGCUGAGGAAAAAGACAGUCUCGAUCCUGAAGGAGUACUUCAGUAUCCGACUGCUCGACGAAGCCUUACAGUGCGUCGAGGAGCUCAACUCCCCCGGAUACCACUGUGAACUUGUCAAGGAAGCCAUAGCCCUUGGGCUCGAAGAGAACCCUCCCUGCGUGGACCCCACGUUCAAGCUCCUCGAGUACCUCUCAUCCAAGAAGGUGCUCGCUAGUCGGGACAUCUCCACAGGUUGCAUGCUCUACGCGACAAUGCUGGACGACAUCGGGAUCGACCUGCCGAGGGCGCCCCCAAACUUCGGGGAGAUCGUCGGGAAGCUCAUCUUGGCCGGGGUUCUCGACUUCAAGGCGGUGCACGAGAUGCUGAAGAAGAUGGAGGAUGACAUGUAUCAGAAGUUGGUGCUCGAGGCGGCGGUGAGGACCGUGAAAUCGAGCAACCAAGGCAUACUGGACUCGCAAUCGGCUGAUGUUGAGGCUUGCCAGAGUUUGUUCUAGUGAUGAUGAUGAAUGAUUGAUGAUGGAAGAACUGGUUCUGUUUUUGUGCUCAGUCUGGAGAAAAAAACUACAAACCCUUUUUUAUUUGUUACCUUUUUUUUUUUUGCUGUGAGGCAAGCAGAAAAGAAACCUUUGUACUAUUUUUCAUAAGGCGGGUGAAGCCUUCUCUCUUUUGAAGAACAGGUCAAAAAUUUUCCUCUAUUUUUUGAUAAUUUUGUUUUUAAUUUUAGUUGUAUAUUUGCUUCAUCUUUUAUUCCUUUUUUGCCCCUACCGGAGACAAUGAUAGGUGUGUUAUUUGAGGUCAAAAGGGAACCAUAAAUCCUUAAUGACUGAUAUGGGAUUUUUUUAUAAUGAAUUUGGUAGUUUCUUUCUUUCUUUC